CUUGAUUCUCACUUCAAAUUACCCGCGAACCGAUCCUUUGUAAUUCUUCAACCAUUCGACUCACCAUCGAGAUCCCCAAUGCGGAGUAUGAUUAUACGCUAUAGUCAAUUCAGGCACCUUGGUACUUGGCAAUCAACCAGAUCUUGGGUAGUAUUCCCGAUAUUACGUCUCCUUACUGUCUAGGAGAUGCAUACGAGAUGUCUAGUGAAGGUAUGCGGUGAAUUCGGCGAGACAAGGUCAAUUGUUCCACCUUCACGAUGGCGGGCCACUUCAGCUAUCAACCAGGGCCCGUCAGGGUAGCUUUUCCCGGGUGGUUCCGAACCUGAUUUAAUGGUAUCUAUAUAUUUCUCCUGUUUCCAUAUUCAAUUCACGAUGUGAUUGUAUUCCUCCUUGCCUUUCCGUGCUUGGAAGUAGGCUCGACUAGAACACUCAGUUCUAGUACGAAAAGUUCUCUGGGGCAGAUUGUCAAAUCAAGCCAUCAAUCAUGCGACUCUCGCUUUUUAGAUGCCAGUUCCUAGCAGCUGUAACUGGAUUCGCUCCUUUCGUAGUCGCACUUGGACAACAGCAGAUAAUUGGCUUUGCCAAUAGCGACGGAGCUUUCCAAAUAGCUGGUGGAUCGAUUGCCCAGCCACAGAUCCUCGUCUCAAGUAAUGAUUACUGGGGAGUUAUUCGAGCGGCCGGUGAUCUUACGAAGGACUUUGGUCGAGUGACCGGAACUAACUUCACGCUGAGCAACGGGGAAGCUGGAGCUGAACCAGCAGUAUACGAAUAUAAACCGAUCACAAGGAAUUAUACUCAUUAUGAGGUCAAUAAUACGCAGGUGUUUCACGGCCCCGCGUAUACUAACCCAUCAGCUGAGAAUACUGUCAUAAUUGUUGGCACAUUAGGUCAUUCUAAAGUUAUUGAUGACCUUGUCGCCGCCGGGAAGUUAAAUACCUCGGAUAUUGAGGGGAAAUGGGAAUCAUUCACAACUAGCAUUGUCCAGGACCCGAUAGCCGGCUGUUCCAAAGCAGUGAUCAUAGUAGGUAGUGAUCCUCGCGGCACAAUCUUCGGAAUAUACGACAUCAGCGAACAGAUUGGCGUUAGUCCGUGGUAUUGGUGGGCGGAUGUUCCGAUUAAGCAAUCUAAGGAUAUCUACGUCUUGCCUGAUGGUAAAGUCCAAGGCCCCCCUUCGGUCAAAUAUCGUGGCUUUUUCAUAAAUGACGAGCAACCUGGGUUAUCAGGAUGGGUUGGAUGGAACUACCCCGACACUCCUUACGGAGUUGGAUAUAACGCCGACUUUUACUCGAACGUGUUCGAACUUUUACUUCGAUUGCGGGCGAAUUACCUAUGGCCGGCUCUUUGGGCAACCAUGUUUGAAGUUGAUGAUCCGACAAGCCAACCACUUGCUGACGCAUGGGAGAUUGUCCUAGGAAGUUCGCACACGGAACCAAUGAUGCGUGCCCAGAACGAGUUUGGGACAUUUUAUAUUGAUGAAGGUCUUGGACCUUGGGCGUACAAUCUGAAUAACAAGACGAUCGACGAGUACUUUGUCUACGGUGCUCAACGGGCCAAGCCCUAUGCUCGGAAUAGUUUAUGGACUAUGGGUAUGCGGGGGACUGGAGAUACUGCUAUUGAGGGUUUAGGUGUGGAGUUUAUUGUCAGCAUGCUGGAAGCUCUCGUUCAUAACCAACGAGCCAUCAUCGAAGAUGUGCUGGAUGUCAAAAUUGAAGAGGCCCCUCAGCUAUGGUGCCUUUACAAGGAGGUUAUGUCAUAUAUACAACAAGGCUUGACAAUCCCUGAAGAUAUCACCCUUUUAUGGGCGGAUGACAACUGGGGGAAUGUUCGGAGAGUACCCAUCGGGAAUGAAACGACGCGAUCUGGAGGUGCCGGUGUCUAUUACCACUUCGAUUAUGUUGGUGACACCAGAAAUUACAAGUGGAUCAAUACGGUACAAUUAGAGAAGACGGCAGAACAGAUGCAACUUGCAUACGCUCACGGUGCUGACCGUAUAUGGAUUGUCAACGUCGGAGAUCUGAAACCUUUAGAGAUUCCGCUCACUCACUUCCUCGACAUGGCGUACGACAUUAAUAAAUGGGGAGUAGACGACGUUAGUAACUGGACUCUUGCCUGGGCAACCCGCGAAUUUGGCCCAGAAUACGCCUCGUCAAUUACGGAAAUCAUGACGCGUUUUGGCAUGUUUGCCGCAAGAAGGAAAUUCGAAUUAGUUGAACCUUAUGUUUAUUCGACUAUCAACUACAACGAAGGAGAUGCGGUAUUAGGUCAAUGGCAGGGUCUGGCUCAAGACGCGCAAGCAAUCUAUGAUCAACUAGACGAGGCUCACCAACCAGCAUUUUUUGAGAUGAUUCUUCACCCAAUCCUUGGUGGCCAGAUCAUUCACCAAGUUCAUAUUGGCGCCGCAAGGAAUAUGGUUUACGCAAAUCAACACCGAAACGCAGCAAAUGAGAUGAUCUCUUCAGUAUUAGCUAGUUUCGACGCCGAUGCUGAGCUCACAAUUAGGUGGGAUAGUUUGCUAGAUGGGAAAUGGAAGCACAUGCUAGACCAAACCCACUUUGGCUACGAUGGUUACUGGCAGCAGCCAAUGCGAAAUGUUCUUCCAGCUAUGGCUUACGUCCAGACUGCGAUAUCUUCAAUAGCAGGCAGCGUAGGAAUCGCCGUCGAAGGAUCGAAUGCCAGUAUUCCGGGAGACGACAAAUACCAUGCGAAUUCCGGGAAUACCCUCGUGCUCCCGUCGUUGGAUCCUUAUGGCCCCGUAAUACGCUGGUUUGACGUAUUUUCCAGGGGUAAAGUUAACUGUGAUUGGAAAGCAGAAACUGACUUGCCUUGGGUAAAACUGUCACAAUACAACGGAACUGUAGGACCCGAUAAUGGUACAGACAGCCGAGUCUUCGUCUCAGUAGACUGGGCAAAUGCACCACAGAUCGUCAACAACACAGUAGCCAAUAUUAAUUUCUCGACUGGUUGCGGUCGUCAAGGGUUUUCGAAUUGGUACGGUCGACCGAUCGUACAACUUCCUAUCAACUUGCGGACAGUUCCAUCCAACUUUUCAUUGGGCUUUGUCGAGUCCGACAAGCACGUUGCAAUCGAAGGACCACACUACCAACGUAUUCAUACACCGUCAAACGUACCUGCAGACUCGGGUAUCACUUACAAGACUCUGAAAAACUACGGGCGCACGCUUGGUGGAGUAACUCUAUGGCCGCAAAGCACGUCGCCUCAGACGCCCGAGACCGCUCCAGCUCUUGAAUACGAUUUGUACCUGUUUACCAAUAUAUCGAAGGCUAACGUAACGCUGCAUCUUUCGCCGACACAGAAUUAUCUAUCAGACGAAACGCCUCUCGAAUUUGCUGUGUCUCUGUUUCCUGCAGGUGCGGAGCAGGCCGAACCGCAGGUUGUCCAAUUCGUCGGUGACAGCGUCGGGGUGGACAUGCCACCUGGCUGGGGUCGUGCAGUAGCCGAUGUUAUUUGGGGGCUUGCACCGAUCCACAACACGACGACGACGUGGAAUAUUGCUCAGGAAGGAGCCUAUACGCUUAGGAUCUGGGGGCUAGCACCGAGCGUCAUCGUGCAGAAGGUCAUUGUGGAUUUAGGUGGUGUUAGACCAAGUUAUUUGGGUCCGCCGGAGAACUUCUUUCUGGGGAGGGACGAGAUUGGUGUGUAUAACCAGACUAGUUUCGCGGACGCAUAUAGAUAUGUAGGGUAAAAGCCCUAUUGCUAUUUUAAUCAUGAUAGCAUCAUAUAAUACAAAUCAACUAC